AUGCUGUCUACCGGCAGACUGGCACUUAAACUGACCGUCUCUUACGGACAGGCGUUUGUAGUUUUAGGUAGCCUUCUAGUAAUUCUUCUCUCUUUCUUGCUGAUUCGUCAACUCGCAAAGCAGAGGAGACCUAGAGGUUUCCCCCCAGGACCAACACCCUUGCCUAUAAUUGGGAACAUCCUGUCUCUCGCCUCCGAGCCGCACGUCUAUAUGAGGAAACAGAGCGAAAUCCAUGGACAGAUCUUCAGUCUUGAUUUAGGCGGCAUCUCAACUGUGGUGCUGAAUGGGUACGAUGCUAUCAAAGAAUGCCUCUCGCAUCAGAGUGAGGUAUUUGCAGACAGACCAUCCCUGCCUCUGUUCAAGAAAAUGACCAAUAUGGGAGGACUUCUUAACUCCAAGUAUGGCCGUGGAUGGGUUGAACACCGCAAACUUGCUGUCAACAGCUUCCGCUACUUUGGAAGCGGCCAAAAGACUUUUGAGAACAAGAUCUCAGAGGAGUGCAUGUUUUUCAUUGAUGCAAUGGAUGAGCACAAGGGGAAGCCCUUCAACCCCAAACACCUGGUGACCAAUGCCGUGUCCAACAUCACCAACCUCAUCCUUUUCGGCCAGCGCUUCACCUACGACGACCGGGACUUCCAGCAGAUGAUUGAGAUCUUCAGCGAGAACGUGGAGCUGGCUGCCAGCGGGUGGGCCUUCCUCUACAAUGCCUUCCCCUGGAUCGAGAUCCUGCCAUUCGGCAAACACCAGAAGCUCUUCCGCAACGCGGCAAAAGUCUACGACUUCCUGCUGGAGAUCAUUGAGCGCUUCUCCCAGGGCCGGAUGCGGCAGUCCCCGCGGCACUACAUUGAUGCGUACCUGGACGAGAUGGAGCAGAGCGCGGCCGACCCUGGGGCCUCGUUCUCAUGGGAGAACCUGAUUUUCUCUGUGGGCGAGCUGAUUAUUGCUGGCACCGAGACCACCACCAAUGCCAUCCGCUGGGCUAUGCUGUACAUGGCACUCCACCCUAGUGUCCAAGACAAGGUGCAGAAAGAGAUCGACAGCGUGGUGGGGAACAGCAGGCCGCCCUCGCUGGAGGACCGGCCACAGAUGCCCUACGUGGAGGCAGUGUUGCAUGAGGUCCUGCGCUUCUGCAACGUGGUGCCCCUGGGCAUCUUCCGCGCCACCUCUGAGGACGCCCAGGUGAGGGGCUACUCCAUCCCCCGCGGGACCCUCGUCAUCACCAACCUGUACUCGGCGCACUUCGACGAGAAGUACUGGAGCCACCCGGACGUCUUCUCCCCGGAGAGGUUCCUGGACUGCCGCGGCGACUUCGUCCGGCGCGAGGCCUUCCUGCCCUUCUCAGUGGGGCGGCGACACUGCCUGGGUGAGCAGCUGGCGAGGAUGGAGAUGUUUCUCUUUUUCACCACGAUGAUGCAGAGGUUCCGCCUGCAGUUUCCCGCAGGCUCUGUCCCCAGCCUCACGCCCAAACUGGGCAUGACGUUACAGCCCCUCCCCUACGCUAUCUGCGCCAUCAGGAGACAGCAGUGA